UCUCUGUCUCUCGCCAUCAUCAUCCCAUUCGAUCUCUCCUCUCUCUCUCUCUCGACCUCGCCGUGAAUCCUCCUCUGCGAUCGAAAUCCCGCCCCGGAAUCCGCCGCGGCGCCCUCGGGAUCCACCCGCCCCCGCGGAUCCACCCUCGCCGGCCCUGCCUAGGGAGGAGGCGCGUCAGGGCUCUGCUGUCGGGGGUUUCGUAGCUAGCUGCCCGGGUUCGGUCCCCCGCCUGACGCUGGAGGGGGAAGCUGGUUCCAGUGCCGUGUGAGAUGAGCCAGAUUUCUUCAACCUAGGGUGAUGGUGGUCGCGAUUUGAGCCUGACGACUUCGUUCCUUAGCUGGUACUAGAUUUAGCAGCGUAGCCUAGCCUAGAGGUUUUGGUGGUGGUGCUGCUGCUGCAAGCGUGGGGCGAGGAUGAGCUCCGAGCCUCCAGGGCACCCCAGCAGGAACAUGAGGGUAGUGUACUCGAGGGAGUUGCUGAUCUCCAUUGGCGCGUCCGAGCGUUGCAAGAACCUGCCCCCUGGUUUCGACGCGUCGGUCCUCAGUGAGCUGCAGGAGGCGUCGUCCGUUGCGCUUGGCAGCAAGGGCCACUACGCGACGCCUCUGGGAAGGUCAGAUGGGUCUGGUGGUGGUUACUCUUAUUCCUCGCGUGGUGGGAGCUCUGGAGGAAGGUGGGAUACUCGCUCGACGGGGUCGAGUGACCGGGAAGGGGAUUUACCUGACCGAGAGCCAUUAACACAGGAUAGGCGUAAUGGGAACCAAUACAAACGCAAUUGGCAAAAUACGGAGCAUGAUGGCCUACUGGGAAGCGGCGGUUUCCCUAGACCAACUGGAUAUGCUGGGCAGUUGGCAUCAAAGGAUCGUGGGAACACGCCUCAGCCAAACAGGACAACUGAACGCUACCAGCCACCGCGCCCUUACAAGACUGGGCCUCUUUCACGGAAAGAUGUUGACUCUAUGAAUGAUGAGACAUUUGGAUCUUUCGAAUGCUCAAACGAGGAUAGAGCAGAAGAAGAAAAGAAGCGAAGGGCCUCAUUUGAAUUGAUGAGGAAAGAGCAACAUAAGUCCUUGCAAGAAAAGAAGAAUGGUCCUGAUAUUGAGAAAGGAAAUCCUGGCGGUGAUAUCGUUUCACUGUUACAGAAAUCCGCUGAAAAGAUGGGUGCCACAGCUAAUAGUGGGAAGCCAGAUGGAUCUGCAAUGUCCUCAAUUUAUCAAGAAGAUGCCACUAAAACAUCUUCAAUUCUACCAGCUCCCGCGGCGAGGCCGCUUGUCCCACCUGGUUUUUCAAACGCAUUUGUGGAGAAAAAGGUUCCAUCCCAGUCAUCCAACAUCGCACUUGAACCAAAGGCCCACAUCGUUGCUAGCGGGGGUAGCAAGCCAAGUAUUGCACAAUUUGGUGGUCGAGUAGAGGGAAACCAGUCAUUAACAGAGAUCACUGAAAACAAAAACAAGGAGAUGGGCACUUCUGAUACCAUUGCCAGUGUACAUCAAAAGCACCCUCUUCCAUCUGGAAGCUUUACCUCUUCAACUGAAUUUGCUUCGAGAAUUCUGAAAGGGACUGAAGAUUGGGAAGCUGAUGCAAUUGAUAAGUACUCUAUUGAGAAACAAGGCAUGCCAAAAACUAGUGGUUCAGUUAGGAAGGACAAUUCAAUCUCAAUCUUGGAAGAGUUCUUUGGCAACACAUUGUCAAAAAGGGGUGGCAAUGUACAGACCUAUGUUGAGCGUCAGAAGCUGAAUACCGAUGAAAAAAUGGUCUCAUCUGUACCAGAAUCAUCCAAAUUUGCUCACUGGUUUAGUGAUGAAGAUCUGAAACCUGAAGAGGGCUUGUCGUCGAAGAGCCUGCUCUCCAUGAUUGUCAAAAAUGAAAAUCCAGGUCCAGAAAACAUAGCUCCUGGUCCAUUUUUAUCUGAUGGCACUGUUCAGAAUUUAGCAUCAAAACCACCUACUGAUAAAUUCGAUGCUUCAUCAAAGUUCCUACCAUUUACAUCUCCUGCAACUGCUGGUGGUAUCAGAGAACGGUACAGCCGUGUUGGUAUUCCAGAGCCAGCUCCAGUUGUGAUGACAUGUGAGGAUCUUGAGCAGACGAUGUUGGCACAGGUUGCCAGCAAUAGCAGUUCCACUCAGAAGAAUGCGGUACAGAGGCAUCAGGCCGUUUUAGAUGAGCCAGCCGUUUCGCAGAAAGUAGCUGUAGACAAUCAUGCAUCACACCAUCUUCUUUCAUUAUUACAGAAGGGAACAGAUAACAAGGGAUCAUCUCCGUUUGGUUUCCGCGUAGGGUCAGCUAAUGAACCACUGAGUUCGGAUGUAAACUCCAUGACCAAUGGGGGGGUAACUGGAAUUGUUCCAAUUAAUAAAACUGAAACUGCUCCUGCUUCGGGGAAGAGCGUGACAUUGGAAGCAUUAUUUGGGGCUGCAUUCAUGAAUGAGCUACAUUCCAAGGAUGCACCAGUUUCUAUUCGAGGAUCUGCAUCAAGUAAUGAAGGAUACUACCCUGGUGAAGAGACUCGACCAUUCAACAACAAUGAUGGAGCUGCCUCUAAAGAACAAGGAAACAGAAUAGAGUACAUGAAUUCAUCUUUCACUGGUCCAAGUCACGGUGCUAGCUUUGACAAUAAAGGCUUGGAAAUUCAUCUGCCUGAAGAAGAUAGUUUGUUUACGAUGAAUGACUCUUUCAGUGCUCGAAAGCCUGAUAUUUUGCCCUCUCUGAGAUCCAGUAGGGUUGACGUGCAAUUGCCGGAGAAGGCAGUUGAUGAUCUUAAUUAUAAGCUUCAAAGCCUUGUGUCUGGUGAUGUAGAGCAUGUUCAAGUACUUGGUGCUGAUGCUCUGGGGUCUCAUUCCCGCGAACAGCGUCAUCAGGUUGACCCUCAGAAUCUUUAUCAUCUACUACAGAGUAGGCCACCUGCACUUGCUCCUCGUCCUAUGCUGGAUCACAUUGGUAAUAGGAACCAGCAAGCCCCAUUUGACAUGCCACAAGCGCUAAGACAUGAUCCCCGCCAUUCUUUUCCAGCUAACAUGAAUCCUAUGCAGCACACUCUUAAUGCUCCGGGGGUUCCUCAUUUAGACCCUGCUGCACAUCAUCUCAUGCUACAGCGAAUGCCUGGAAGUUUUCCACCAGAAGGCCCUCCGAGAGGUGUUCUGCCAUCUCAGCCUGUGCAUACUCCGGCUGGUUAUAGACCUGAGAUGAACAAUGUAAAUAAUUUCCAUAUGCACCCUCGCCAGCCUGGCUAUGGAGAAUUUGGAUUGAUGCCUCCAGGUCCAUCUGGUCCAGAGGUGCGAGGCAACCACCCAGAAGCCUUUGAGAGGUUGAUGCAGAUGGAGCUUACAGCCAGAUCCAAACAGAUACAUCCAGCCAUGACCGGCCCUGUACCCGGCGGUAUGUACGGGCCUGAGCUUGACAUGAACCUGAGAUACAGAUGAUGGAAGAAGAAUGACUUUGUUGUAACUGUUGCGAGAAGUUCUCAUUUACCCAAACCACCAUGUUCUGUGUCCAUGAACUUGUGUUAGCGUUUGCAGCAGCGGAGUCGGCUCGGCUGCUACAAGAUAACUUGUUGGGGGGAGUUUGAGUGGUGCCGUCAUGGGUUGUAGCAUGUAUGUAGUACUUUCUGUGGGAAAAGGGUUGGUAAUCUGUUGUGGUCUGUUGAGAAAGGAAUGAGGGAGGAUAUUGGGUGCUGCUAUUGUGGGCAGCCACCUAUGUACUGUGUCUGUGUCUGCUUCUGACUAUUUGUUUUCAGUUUUGUAUAAAUACCGUCUUUCAAAAAAGAAAAAAAAAGGAACGAGAUUAACAUGUCUGAA